AUGGCGAAGAAGUCGUUCGAGGCAGCCAUCGCCGACCUGGAAAGAACGAAUGGCCCUCCUACAGCCGACCUAGAGACUGCGGCCAAAAUCCUUGGAAUCAACCUUGAGGAGAAUGUUCAACACUGUUCUGUCGACGUGAAGUUCAAGGCAUUACCAGUCUCAAAUGGAUUCAAAGAGCAGUGGCUUCUGCGCUGGCUUUUGAGGAAAUUGAAUGUUUCAGAUUCCAAAACUCGAGGAGAGAAAAUCGGGAACAUUGAGAAAAGUUUGGCUCUCUGUCCAAAUUUCUGGUCCCUACUUCUCAGCUUGACCUGCACGAUUCCCCACGAAGUCUGCCUGGAAAUUUUCAUCGAACGCAAGUUCUUUCCCGCUCUCGACAAGGCAAUUCGAGCCAUUGUCGGUACCAGGACAUUUGUAAGUGACUCCGAGCCAGAGCCGCAGGAGGGAACUGAACACCAUGGCCCCCCACCAAAAAGGAGGCGAUUGAGCCCUGAGACGAAAACGACUCCAAAGGCAGAUCUCCAACAAGACAAGUUACCUUGGAUUCUUCUUCAAGCUGCGAGUCGGUGCGUCGCGCUGCUGGAUCCCGAGCCGUCGAAGAACAAGAUAAAGACCCAUCGGAUUCCUCCGACAUGGUUUGCAUCGUGGAGCGAUCAGGCGUCUUUGCUUGGUGCUUUGUUAGAAGUGGUUGCAUCGCUCUUCGAGACUGCCACAGGAGCGCGAGAGAUCGACCUGAUGUCCGAAAUACUCAACAAUAUACUCAGCCAUUGGAAAGGAGACUCUUCAGUGACUCGAGGGCAGAGCGACGACCCAAAUCAGGCAUUUCGUUCUCAUUGUCUCUUACCUAGUUUGGUUCUCCUCGAAGCCUUCCGAAAUCAACAAACCAGGUGCAAGUCGCUCGUCCCUCCAAGAAAUGCACUCGAGCGCCUCAUAGCGCUGCACGUUGUGUUCCCCGCUCGUGAAUUACUCAACGAGCGACAUGCCAAAAAAUGGAACAACUCCAAUGAUGUAUUGCUUUACGAACGUUUGGAACCUACAUUGAAGAAUUUCAGGAAGAGAAUCCUCGACCUGGACAGUCCAACAUCCGAGACUCCAGAGAACGUCACGCGGUUUACUCGCCUCGACUUGUCUUGGAUCAUCCUUGAUAUAGCUGCGCGCUCGAUCCCGCCCUCCGAGCUUCGUAGACGCCAAAUGGACCAAGCCUGGAUUGAUUCCCUGUUCAUAUGUCUUGCGCACACUGUUUGGCCUCAAAUGCCGCGAAUCACAUCAACAGGCGUUGUGCAACCCCAGGUUUCACUGGCUUCGGUGUUGAAAUAUCAAGAAACCUGGCUUUUCCCCCUGGAAAAUCUACUGGACGUUGUUUUGGCACGAAAAUUGCACAUAUCCCUCCCAAUACUGGGAUAUGUCCUAUCGGCUUUGUUGGCCUUGGAUGAUCAAUUUCGUCCCUGGACUCUUAUAGCCAAUGUCAUCAAAGUUGAUGCCAGCAUCCUGGUCCCCAGCUCAGGGUUGUCCAGUUCCGAGGAUCUCUUGAAACAAAUGUUUGGCAAAAUGGAGUCUAGUUCUGUCUCCAAUGAUGAAUAUACUCUCAUUCGCGAUGGAAUCAUUCUUCCGUUAAUGCGCAAUUUCACUCGAUCAAGAGACUUGGGCGGAUUUAUUUCCAUUUGGCAACAAAAUCUCGGGGACGCCAUCCGGACACGUUACACGACCAAAUAUUCUCUGGUGACUAUUCCUGCAGUCCUUGUUUGGGAGGAUAACGAUGUCUUUGAUCAGUUCAAAACGCUGGUCCUCAUGCAAGCUCCACCGAGCCUGGGUCAACGGUUGUUGGACGACCUCGUCCAACCUCUGACCGAGAUUGGCGAAAAGGUCGGUUCGACAGCUGACUUGUUUGCAAAAGUGGCUGUAUUCUCUGCCUUCCUUGAAAUUUCUCAUUCACAGCACGUAAAUAUCGACCUUGAUUCCCAAAAACUGGCUCGUCUUUUUAAUGGGGCCAUGCAUGCUUUGCGCCGAAAAUCCGACUACCACGCUCAACGCUGGCGAUUAUGGAAACUUCUUUACAUUCUCAUUCAACUCCUCAAUUUCACAAAUUUGCCGUCUGAUAUAGACCAGCUACUGAGUUCCGACUACAAUUUCAUGUCUCUCAAAGACAUAAAAAAUAUGGGCCAGGCAGAUGCCAGUCGCAAAAGGGCUUCAAAAUUUCUCGAGUGUCUGGAGUGUUUCUCACUAGUACUCGAAUUGGCCACGCAUUCCCUGCAAUUCCAACUGAACUUGGAGUCGGAACUGAAUUACCUGACCGAGCUCAUUUUACCUGAUACUGCACCUCGACCCACAUCAAGCCCCGUUGAUUUUUGGGAUGGCCAAAGCUAUGAUUGCGACAACUUGACCAAGCUUCUAGCAGGCUGUAUCGGCAGAAUAGCGCAGGCGCCCACAGUAUUCUCGAUUUACCCUGAAAUGUUCAAGGGGUUUAUUGACAAAUCCCUUGCUUUCGUAACGCAGCCUGUGUCUCCCGACGCUGACGAGGAUCUUCCAGUGAGCUUGAAAGCCCUAUUGAAAGCCACGUUGAAGGUCAAUGAAGUGGUCAACAAUCCUUCCCUACGAAACUCGAUCUUCCAGUUUGUCACUGAAAAUGCGGAGUCAACGACGACUGAGAGACAGGCUGGUAAAGCUUUAUUACGAGAUCUACCAAUCGAAACAAUGAAAAGAUCUCCUCAGAUGAAAAAAAUCGCCACUGCAGCAAUGCGUCGGUUGGCCCAGAACAGUCAGGACGCACCAACGGAUGCUGUUGCGGACGACCUGGGCCUUCUCAUUGAUUUGGACUCUCUUUUGGGUGGGACAGUCGUCGAUUUCAAGGACUGGCACUUUUGGGUUCAUUUUUCAGGGAUUAUAUUCAGGCAAGAACAUCGAGCGUUUUCAACAUCACUUCUCGCGACAAUGCAAAUGCUAGUUCGUAUAUUUGAAAUGGUCUGGACACGAGCUUCGGCGGCCUCCAACUCUUCGGUUCUCUCGGCAAUACUCUCUUGGGCGACAACGGUUAUUGAGACUUCUCAAAACGGCAAACUACAACAGUCGUCUGUUUUGAGUUUGGGAGUCUUUUUUGGCCUCGCCUGCCGAUCAGUGAGUCAACUGGACAGCAUCAUCGCAAGUCAAAAGCUUCAAAAUUUGCGGAAGGACUUUAUUCGCAGUCUAAAUUCCAGUAUUGAAGAGACUCUCCGCGAUGGCAUGAAAGAUAGUGGCCUUCUAAAACUAAAACUCAAUCUCGACGCUAUCCACAGUGUGGGUGCCGCUAGGCCCGAUGAAGGACCUCAAGAAGCAGCAACACAGAUCCAGAAAGUGCUUCAAGCCCGGGACUUAACCAUGCAUAAAGACGACUUGACCAACGAAGAACGACGUAUUUCUCUCGCAAUUGAACGCGAAUGCUUCCAUUUCACCUCAUCGGCUGGUACUAGACCAUUGAAGGAGGAAGUGGAAGCUGAAAUUCAGAAACUUGCUUCCUUUUGCACACAGCAAAAGAGGUGGACAAAUGACGAGAUUUCUUUGCUCGCCACUCGCGCAGAUCUGUUCGUUCGCCAGGUUGGGCCAGCUGGAUGGUCUCUGGCACUAGAAACACUACGCGAGAAGAGCUUACAAGGCAAAUUUCAGCUCAUAAGUCACGUUACGAUCGCGUCCGCCAUUCUCCAUAUCGAAGGAGAACACAUGGUGCUAUAUCCAGAACUUGCCAAUGGAUUGGCAAGGCUGGCAUGCAUGGAUGGUUUCGUUAGACAAAGGACGAUGACUGGAUUGUGUCUGGCGUUGGAAAACAGCAAGACAGUCCUAGAUUUGCACCCAGCCGUUGUCAAUCAAUCAACUCUAGACAGACUGCUCGCUUUCAUUUGCGCGAUCGCAUCGGCGCCCAGUGACGACCAAAAGCCAUUGGGCGAUCUCGAAAUGGAGUCAGGACCACGAGCCCUGCAUAUCUAUGAACGAUUAUGUGCUGUCAUGGGUUCGAUCUUGGGGAGGUACAGAAGGCGCCUCUCUGACCGCUAUCACCUGCUAGUUCCAGCGAUGCAGAGACUGCUUCGAUGUCUUUUCUGGCCCGGAACCGAGAAGGUUCGCGAUGAAAAAUGGACAAUGUCAGUGGGCGCCAUCGACACGUUUGGCAAAACUUUGCCCACGUGGUUACGAGAAUCGGGUGAAGGUCUGGCCCCAUCAUCGGCAGAAAAGUUCUCUCGCCUUGUCUUGUCAAUAUGCAACCCAACAGUGUCGGCGGCACGGUCAUCGAAGAAACGAGGACACAACCAGCUCAACGACGAUACAAAGAAGGCAAGGCAAUGGGCGGGCCAGUUCAUGCAAUACCUAGUGAUUGAGUACGCUCGAUGCAGUCUUGAUGGUCAAAUUACCCCCACAAUGAAAGAACGGUUAAUGCCGGGGAUGUACGGUGUGAUGGAUGCAAUGGACCAGGAGCUCUUCAGAGCCUUGAAUGCGGGAAUGGAUCCGAGUAGCCGUGCCAUCUUUAAGAACUUGUAUGAUGACUGGACAAGAUAUGGCAAAUGGAACCAGAGCUAG